UGAAACUGCUAGGAUGAUUCAGUGCAUUACAGAAACAUCAGGUGAAAGGAGCUGAGGCAAGAAAUAUAAAAUAGACAAUUCAAAAGUAAGACAUCAUCAGUUUACAGCUGUAUAGCCAGUAAAGCAAAAGUAUGGACAACAAAAUGACUGCUUCUGCUUCCCAGGAACCAGAAAUCAGGAUGGUUCUUAUUGGAAAAACUGGAACUGGAAAGAGUGCAACAGGAAACACCAUAUUAGGGGAAAACCUCUUUAAAUCUAAACCCUCUAUGUCAUCAGUAACACUCAUGUGUCAGAAGAAAGACUGUUGUUUUGUUGGUCAGAAGCUGGCUGUGAUUGACACUCCAGGUCUGUUUGACACAAAAGUAACAAACAGAGAAACACUGAGAGAGAUCGCAAAAUGCAUCAGCAUGGCUGCUCCUGGACCUCAUGUGUUCCUGGUUGUUCUCCAGCUGAACCGAUUUACAGAAGAGGAACAGAUGGCAGUGACAUUAAUCCAGACAUGGUUAGGAGAAGAAGCUUCCAAAUACACCAUGGUUUUAUUCACUCAUGGAGAGCUGUUGAGUGAGAUGGGAGGAAGAGAAGCAAUGGGGAGUUUAAUCAAGGAGAAUGAAGCUCUCUCUGACCUUAUGGAACAGUGCCAGGGACGAUACCAUGUUUUUGACAAUAAAGAGAAGAAUCCAGCUCAAGUCAGAGAGCUGCUGGAGAAGAUCAACCAGAUGUUAACAGAAAAUGGAGGAAGCUACUACACCAAUGAAAUGUUCGAAGAGGCAGAGAAAGCCAACAGAGAAGAAAUGGAAAGACUUCUGAAAGAACAUCCAGAAAUGAGCCCUGAAGAUGCAAGAGAAAAAGCAGAGAAAGACAACUCAUUCAUUUGGAACUUUAUAGCAGGAGCUGGUACUGGGCUUGCUGUUGGAAUAGGGGUUGGACAACAAGAGGGAGGUGCAAUGGGAGCUGUAGCUACAGCUGGUGCUGGUUUGACUGCAGCAUAUAAAAAGAUGUCUUGCAUUAUACAGUAA